AUGGCGCCUUUAUCCAAGCUGUUCAGACGACCUUUAGUCGUUUGGGUUCCUGAAUGCCUUAAUGGAGGCAAGGCAGAGUGCAUUUCCCCUAAGUGUCUGUGUACUCCUCGCGUGAAGGAUGCACUUCGACUGGUACCUGCUUUACUACGGCAUCUUCCAGCUAUUUAA